AUGAGAAACUUCGUUCCUCUGCUCAGCUUCUGCAGCGUCUAUUGUUGCUUUGCCGCGGGAGGCCCCGCGCCCCCGGGUCCUCCCCAUCCAGAGGACAGGCCACCAGACGAGUUCCACAGACCUGCAGCUAAUCAAGCUCCAUCAAAGUCCGAUGUGAGGUUCAACCUCCGCACCUCCUCAGACCCAGAACACAAAGGCUGUUACCUUUCCCUCGGCCACGACCAGCCCUUGGCCACCUGUGGCUUCAACACGACCGCCAAGACCUUCUUCGUCCUUCAUGGCUGGACGAUGAGUGGCAUGUUUGAAAAUUGGCUGUACAAGCUCGUGUCCGCCCUGCAGACGAGAGAAAAGGAGGCCAACGUGGUGGUGGUAGACUGGCUCCCCCUGGCUCACCAGCUGUACACAAACGCCGUCAACAACACCAAGGCAGUGGGACAUAGCUUGGCCAGGAUGCUUGACUGGCUGAAGGGGAAGGAGGGCUUUUCUCUUGAGAAUGUUCACCUGAUCGGCUACAGUCUUGGUGCACAUGUAGCUGGGUAUGCUGGCAACUUUGUGAAUGGCACGGUGGGCAGAAUCACAGGUCUGGAUCCUGCUGGCCCCCUGUUCGAAGGGGCGGAUAUCCACAAGAGGCUGUCCCCUGAUGACGCAGAUUUUGUGGAUGUCCUCCACACCUACACGCGAUCCUUCGGCCUGAGCAUCGGCAUCCAGAUGCCUGUGGGCCACAUUGACAUCUACCCCAAUGGAGGGGACUACCAGCCGGGCUGUGGACUCAACGAUGUCUUGGGGUCCAUUGCUUAUGGAACAAUUGCCGAGGUGAUGAAAUGCGAGCACGAGCGGGCUGUCCACCUCUUUGUGGACUCCCUGGUGAAUGAGGACAAGCCAAGCUUUGCAUUCCAGUGCACGGACUCGAACCGCUUCAAAAAAGGCAUUUGUCUCAGCUGCCGCAAGAACCGCUGUAACAGCAUAGGCUACAAUGCCAAGAAAAUGAGGAAUAAAAGGAAUAGCAAAAUGUACCUGAAAACCCGGGCUGGCAUGCCUUUCCGAGUUUACCAUUAUCAGAUGAAGAUCCACAUCUUCAGCUAUAAGCACACGGCGGAAAUCGAGCCCAGCUUUUAUGUGACUCUUUACGGCACCAAUGCAGACUCCCAGACUCUGCCUUUGGAGAUAGUGGAGCAGAUUGGGCUGAAUGCCACUAAUACCUUCCUGGUCUACACUGAGGAAGAUUUGGGUGACCUUCUGAAGAUCAAGCUCAGCUGGGAGGGCACCUCUGAGUCCUGGUACAACUUGUGGAAGGAGUUGCGUAGUUACUUGACUCAGUCCCGAAGCCCGGGGCGGGAGCUGAGUGUCCGGCGCAUCAGGGUCAAGUCUGGAGAGACACAGCAGAAGCUGACUUUCUGUGCUGAAGACCUGGAGAACACCAGAAUAGCCCCUGGCCAGGAGCUCUGGUUUCACAAGUGUCGGGACGGCUGGAGGAUGAAAAAUGAAACCAGGAUGAUUACUGCCGAGGACCCCUGCAUGAAGUCGCCCACUGGCCUGGAAAUUGGAGCAGCAGGAAAGGUGUUGACUGGCCUUGGGGUUCCAGACCCAGCUGCUUGCUGCAAGCAUGUGUCCUGCUGA